AUGUUAUGUUUUGUUUUUCUGCUUUUGUUGUUCAUUUUCCAAUGUCAACGCCAACGCCAACCAUACAUACAGGCUGCUGUUCUAUCUGUUACAAAUCCUAAUCAUCAAGGGAAAGCAGUAGCACCGGCAGCACCAGUUAAUAUUGAUUGGAAUCAACAAGAUUCAUUAUUGAAUGUCAAUAAUAGAACAACAACUACCAAUACUACUUGUACUACUACUACUACUACUAGUACCACAGAAUCAGUUCAAAAUGAAUUGAAAGUCUCGCAUGGAGUAUUUACUCCAUCAUCAGUGUGUUUAACCUCUGCCAAUGUGAUCAAUACUAAUAAUAAUCGUCCGACUGCUACUACUACUAUGAUUACUACUUCUUCUAUUCAUCAACCGAAUUCUACAUCAGUAGUUUCUACAGGUUCAAUUAGUGGUGGUCAGUUACCGUUUCAUAAUAAUACAAUGUAUGUGAAUAGUAUUAGUAAUAUGAACAAUGUGCUACCUCAGUCACAUCCAAGGACAUUACAAUCAUCUAGUGGUGGUUGUAGUACUACAAUGAAUAAUGAAUCCAUCAAUUCGACUACGACUACCACUACAACAACAACAACAACAACAGCAACAGCAUCUCAAUUACAUCGUUUACAAAUGGCAAUGGAAUCUGUAUCUGCAAGACUACCACCACAUUUAACAUCAGUUACUAAUACUACUACUACUGUUACUAAUACUGCUAUUACUACUAGUAGUAAUGGUAAUAUGAAUACUACAUGUGAUCAAUUUGUUACUUGUGGUAAAUACACUAGUGUUACUCCGACACCAAUUUCACAGCAUGCUUCUUUAGUGUCUCAUUCACAACAACAACAACAGAAUAACAUUUACACAACAAAACAAUCAUUUGUUCCACCAUUGUCAUCAACAUCCACUCUUACCAAUGGUAUGAUUCAUCCACAGAUGAUAACAUCAAGAACUAUUUCAUCAAAUACACCAACUUCUUCUUGUUCUUCUUCUUCUUCUUCUUCACCGACAUCACCAAUUGUACUUGGUCGUAAUCCACCAUCCGUGUCUCCAUUAGCUAAUAAUCCUGUCUUACAAACAUUGAUCGAUCGGUUAGGUGGUAAUGUAGAACCUUCUGUAGCCAUUGCCCUAUUUCAUGCAGCAUUGAAUGGUUCCAAUAUACGACGUAAUUUGAAUGAGAAUAAUAAUAAUACAACAGAUACACAAGUGAUGAAUCCUUAUUUACGACAUGUUGUAGCUCAACAAUUUCUUGAUAAUCGAAAUUGUUGUAAUGGUGUUGGUGGUCCUGUUAAAUCAUCAUCAAUUAUUAAUCAUUCAGAAUCUCAAAUUCAUUCAGUUGCUAAUAAUCUAUGUGCUAAAAGUUUAUCUCCAUCACUUAGUAGUAGUAGUAUACAACAUAUUCCUGUGACUAAUAAUAAUAUUAGUUACAGUUCAAGUCCUCAUCGACCUCCACCUCCGCCUAAUCCUGCUCCACCUUCAGGACUUCCAUUUGUUUCACCUGUACGAAUUAAUCCUAUCGAUUCUGACAUGAAUCAAAUUGAUCCUAGUGUUAGCAAUAAUAAUAAUAAUAAUAAUAUUAUAUCUCCACCGGUUGUUGCGUCACGUCUUCCAUUAGUAGUACCUGAUCAACCUUCAGUGAAUAAUAAUAAUUUGCCUACUCCAAAUUCUGAAGUUCAAUCAUGGAAUACACUUGGUUCGUCUUAUCCUUUAGUAUGGCAAGGUCGUUUAUCAUUGAAAAAUACCGAAACACGUGUUGCUCUACAUUUUGUUCAAGGCAAUCAUAAUCUACUCAAUGCAUGUAUGACAUUGUUAGCUUCUGGUGGCGGUGGUCAACCACAAUUCUCGUUAAUCACAAGUGGUGGUCCAUUACGUAUAGUACAAAGAAUGCGUCUUGAACCAGCUCAGCUGGAAGGUGUACAACGUAAAUUAAAUCAAGAUGGUGCAUCAUGUGCUUGUUUAGCUCUGCCUACUGGUAAUAAUCCAAUUGAAUUAGCACAACAAACACAAAUAUUAAAUGAAAAUUUUAUUCGUUAUAUGCAAGAGAAAAUGGCUGCUGGUAUUAUUAAUGUUGGACAUCCAGAUUAUCAACAAGUGAGUGAUGAGUAG